UAUGUGCAGUUUAUAAGCAGGUUUAGCUGUCACCUUUAGAAGGAGAUUUUGUUUUUGUAUCGCUCUGAUCACCAAAAUGACGGCAAACAGCAUGGGAGCUUUUGGCGCAUAUAAACACGCUUACAGUAGGUACGUGGAGGAACAAGCAGCACAAGGAAAAAAUCCAAAUUGUGAUAGGCUUAUUCCGAAUGAAGAAGAUGUAGUUACCUGGGUUACUAAGCGAUAUAUACCUACCGAUUUACGGUUGUCUGCACCUGUACCAAGACAUAAGAUCAUUACCACGAAUUUACCCCAGGUUGAAGACCACUGGAUAAUAGUCAACGAUCCACCUUUAAGGUGUUUUGAAAGAAGAGAUGACCGAAUUUAUUCUUCUCAUCCAAGUUCUAGAAGUCAAGAAUGGUCGACAUUACGGCAGACUUUACCAUCUCGAGGAACCAUGUUCAAACCGAACCCACCGUGUUGGGGAACUGGACAUGGCAGCCCAUCAACUACUGCGGAUAAACAUCCUAAGCGAUUUCCAAUCAUCAACAGCCCGAUGACAAGAUAUGUGGAUGCCAUGCAUUUAACAAACAGAUUGUUUAAGUUACACUAAAAAUGUGCCAGCUAAGAAAUAAAGAAAGAUGGCAGAAUGUUGAUCAGGAGAUCCAAGAUCAUGGCUGCAGUUGAUGUUUACACCUUUUUGACGGAGUUCAAUUUGUCAAAUACUUAUUUAUUCACAAUUUAAUUAUUCAGUAUGAUGUUUCUGUUACCGUAGUCCAAUCGACAUUCUUCCAUGUACCUGUAAAAACCGAUGUAUUGCGAAUAUACAUGUAUAAUACUUGUCCGAAUGGUAUUUAAAGUGACAAAGCUAUUCAAGAGACGACCUCCUUCAAGACCGGUCGCAUAAUUUCCGUAACCCUUUUUUGUUAAUCAUUUUAUUUUUCAUUUUGUGUGAAGCCUGUACCAUUACAGGCCCGGGGCCGUAAAUCGCAGUGGAUGGUUAGCCUACGGCUGGCGCCCGGAUCCAUUCACUGUUGUUUUUUUCUUGCAAUGUCUAUCUAGUUUGUCUUGCCUGAAGGUUUGUCUUGUCGGCUUUGUUUUGUUCUGAGGGAAAUCAUCGAGGAAUGCCAAAGAGUAUUUGAUUAUUAAGCUUUCAUAUGUAUUUAGUUUACACCAUUAUAUUUAUUUAUGUUUUGUUUCACUUUGACUUAUAAAAUGUUUUCGUUUUGCUUAAUCGAAGUUUGUAAUCGUAUCUGUGCAUCUUUAUUUAUACAGUGCCAAUUGUGCGCAUGCGACAUGUCAAAGAGAUAUUGCAUUAUGCAAACAAUUUGUCAUGGAGACAAAGCUUACAAUGUGGGUUGCCGAUAACAAUUCGAAACGUGAUGUUUGCCUACUAACAUAUAUGAGCACACCACUUAAGUCGUGUCUGGAUAUUCAAGAUAACUUUACUGACUUAUUCUCGUUUUAUCAACAAGCCUUGUGGACACCAAGUUUGUAAAUAUAGCGCC